CUUUGGUGUUGCAAAGUUUUUUUCUGGUGGGGGAGGAGGGGAAUUGAGUCAGACGAGGAUGAAGAAAGCAGGCAGAAGAUGGAAAAAUCACACAGGAUCCGCAACAGACCAUUGAUUAAUGGAUGAUCACUGGACAAUCAUUACUGCCUAUUAUUUGCUGCUGGGGGGUUUCCCUCCCUUGCGGAAGCGGCAGGAUGUCAACUGCCACUGUCUGUCUGUCUGUCUGUCUGUCUGUCUGUCUGUCUGUCUGUCUGUCUGUCUGUCACUGUCAUUCUCAGGCACAGAGUAUUUCCCCUCGAUCACCCCUUCAACUUUCUGUCAGUUAUUGGGGUUAAAAAUAACCUUCAGAUGAGCUGCUGCUGCUGCUGCCCCUGGCCCCCAUUUAUAACUUUCUCCCUCUUUCUAU